AUGGACGUCGACAAUGCUGUCCAUAUCCCGGAUACACAUGGACCAGACCACGAAGUAGUACCAGUUGCUGAUCUCUGGGAUGCAAUCUCAAGCAGUCCUUUCUACCAAGUCAAUGAGACAUGUGAUUUGUACGAGGAGUUGCAGUCUGCCCUUGCUUCAGGGGAACAAUUAUUUUCCAUGCCGCUCGCCCCAGCGAGUGAAGAGAUUGGCUUUGAUGAUGAGACGGAAUCAGACUUUGGGUUUGAACUUUUAGAUGAUUGUACAUUGACCGCCUCGCAUGAUACAAAUCUGAACUGUCCAGUUUCGCCUGACAAUCCAAAUUAUCCCUGGCCAUCAAAAGCUCACUAUAUUACCGCAUUACUAUUUAGUUCUCCAAGGCUGCCAUUCUCCGAGGCGCAGAAAAAGGCGGUUCUAUCUUGGGCAAAGGAACUUGGCGCCCAUGAUGUUCCCUCGCUAUACGCAUUGAAUCGGCUCCAGGAAUCUGUUCGAAUGCUUGUCGGCAAUCCAACGGAAAAGAUAACUGCACGUUCGGGCAAUAUAUUUUAUCUCAAUGAUGUUGGAAAAGCCAUCGCCAAGGACUAUGCAAACCCCCUCACACGUUUUGCGAUGCAGGAUUACCCUGAAGAUGGCGGCAAGGGAAUGUCACAGGUGUUCAAUGGAGAGAAAAUGCUGUUUGAACUCCCUUCGCCCCCUGCAGCAAAAGUUGAUGGAGAGAUCUACUUCAUGAAUGAGCUCUUGCAGGAUGCGUUGGGAGACUACUUUAUACCCGAGUGCUUCUUUCUUGCAUCAUACUCGUUGACGAAUGAUGGUGCGGACAAGCAGCUACAUGCACUUGGCCGCACUGUACAACGAACAGAGGAUGGGUUUAUUGUCAGUGACGAGCGGGAGGUGAUUCCAACAUCUAACUUUCGAAGGUCUUUCAGGGAAAUAUCUGUCAAUGAUGAUGAACUCGCUUGUGGGCUGACGGAGUCAUCACACAAGUAUGCGAAACUCGUGCCGAAUCCUUUGCGCGCGAAAUCCCAAGGAUGUAUGGUGUAUUCGGUCCCUCUCAUAAUCUUCAUGGACAACGUAUCCGGCAAUAUAUCCAAGCAAUGGAACAAGCACCAUGCAGUGUACAUGUCGAACGCGAAUCUACCUCGCGAAAUGCUUGAGAAAGAGUUUUGCAUUCGAUUCAUCACGUCAUCUCCUCACGCAGCCCCAAUGGAGAUGAUGAGCGCCAUGCAAGAAUCAAUUAGGAAAGCUGCGGAAUCUGGAGUCUUCACUUGGGACUGCAAGCACGAAGAAGAAGUUAUGCUGGAGCUAUAUGGUCUGUUUCUCGGUGGCGACAAUCCCAUGCAGGCCGAGGAAUGUAGCCACACAGGGCUGCAUUGCAACUACUUCUGCAGGACGUGUGAAGUUGGCGGAACAAAAGAGUACAAAGAGUCAGAUGAGGGCUACAAGAGUAUCUUCAUGCCAGGAAAACUUCGCACUCCUGCGGGAAUGGCAGAAGAGAUUCAUGCGCAGUUUUCUUCUGCGCUUGCUUCGGGCGUGAAGGACACAAUAACUGGUUACAUUCUCAAGAUGGUCGUUGAGCUGGGGAAGAGACUUCGCAAACGGGGUACUGGCGUUCAGGCAAAGCCAGAGGCUGAAGUCAAGGCUAUCCUAGAGAAGCAACUCGAAGACCUCCUGCGAGGGAGCGCUCUCGAUGACGCCAUCAAUCUGUUACUGGGCGUGGAAGGAUUCAAUGUUCAUCAGGACACGCCAACAGAAAUUCUACAUACAGUUCUACUGGGAGUCGUCAAGUACUUUUGGGGUCAAUCUGUUUAUCUUCUUGAGAAGGCAAAGCUUUUGGAUGUUUUUCAAAUGCGUCUCGACUCUAUUGAGAAGGCCGGGCUCAAUGCUCCAUGUCUCAACGCUGAGUAUAUCUGUCAUUAUAAGGGUGGGCUCAUAGGGAAACACUUCAAAAGUUUGGCGCAAGUCAUGCCCUUUCUCAUUCAAGACUUACUGCCGAGAAUGGUACUUGAUGGCUGGACGUGUAUUGGUGAGCUCAUUGUGUAUGUUUGGCACACAGAGAUAGAUGAUAUAGAGAUAUACUUGACGAAGCUUUCCCAGACAAUUGAGGAUUUCCUCAAUGUCACAGCAAAAUGCACACCAAGCAUUCUCAUCUCGAAGCCGAAAUUCCACUUUUUGGAUACAUGCAAAGUAUUUGUGAGGCAAGAUAUCAUCAAACAUAUCGCGACCGGCGGUUACUGGUUUGAUAGUGUUAGGAAAAAGUGGAUUCGGGCAGGUGACGCAGUUUUGAACUACCUUGACGAGCAUCCAGAGCAAACACGGCUUUUAGGAAUUCAUAUACGAGAACCUCCUGUGACAGGUAAUGUGUUCAUUGAAUACCGAGCAUCGUGGAUUGUAACAUCUAUUACUCAAGGAACCGGUCAACUCAAGAAAGUAACUAUCAACGAUGGACGGCCUGCAGCAGCAAAACCUGUGAUGUGGACAGCAACGCGCUGCGCCACACUCGAGCUCUCACAACCUGUCUGUAAUGCUCAAUACUGCGAAGGCAUCUUGUUGAUUCUUGGCAAUGGUGAGAAAGCGUCCUUAGAAGGCCAUAUCAUUUUCAAUGACCCUUCAACGUCCCACACAGCCAUUGGGCACAUUCGCGAGAUCCUGAUUUCAAACUCUAACAAAGCUGUGAACCAUGUCGCUGUUCAGAAAUUUGCUUUUGGACCUGUUUUGCAUCCUUCGCUUCACCUCCCCACUCUCGAGCUCACGGAACAUGAGGUUGUUAUUAGCCCACAAGAAAUCAUCUGUAUAGUAAACAUCCAUCAUGACUGUGUCCAAUCACAGUGCACAGACACCAGUCAAUGUCGCCUUCGUCAAGAGCGAACUGAGACCACACGUACGAAGUCCGUCAUUCAGCACAAAUCCUCGCCGUUCUACUUGCUCAAUGCUUACUCGAUUCACAACUAUGCCCAAAUUCGAUCUGUCAUUCCUCCGUCACUUCGUGAGACAUCAUUGAGGGUCGAUAAUGCAGCAGAGGUUCAUUUAGCGGCAGCUCGUCAAAUCCAGGAGAGGAAAGCAGCCAAGAAAUUGGGUGAAACACCAGAUACUGAGCUUUCGAGCGCAUUGCGCGAUGUCAUAGCUGAUGUUCCUGCAGUAUUCAACCGUCCAGCAGCGAAAUGA